CCGAGGCAGUCUGUCGCCGGCGGUCGGCGCGUGCGCUAGUAUCCCCGUGCCAUGUGAAUUUAUACGAACAAAAUGUGUUACAAAGUAAUCUUAUUAACGCUCUCGGUCUCAGUGACUGCGAGGCCACAAUUUUUCCCCCAAAACUUCCAAAGACAAUACCAAUUUGUGCCUGUAGUGGAACCAGUGUUUGUAGAGCCAUAUGUGGACCGUGCACUCAGCUUCAACUCGCGCAUAAAUGCAGCUGCCAACCAGUUUUUUAAUCCUAACCAGGACAUACCAAGGGAUGUGAGAGGAGAAACCGGCCCAAAGUUUGAAAGAAUCAUGGAAUCCAACACGGAAAUGUUAACGAGUAACCUUAACCGAAUGGAGGACAAUCGAAACGGUGCAGUGACUCCGAACGUGAAUCAGUUCGAUAGUGGAAAUGAAAGGAAUGGUGAAUUUGUUACUCCACAACCAAAUAAUCCACCAACACAUAAACGGAAACACUCUCAUAAAAAUAGACACCGAGGGAAUAAUGCUACAAAUGUUAUGCAAAACAAUCCGUUGCCAGAUAAUCAGGAUUUCAAUCAAAACCAGAGAAAUACUAACAAGCAACUUACAACUCCAAGUCCUAACAAUCAGUUCGUGCCAAGUGUAAAUGUACCGAAUUAUCCAAACAAUCCGCAGGAUAGCAAAGCGUUUAUAAACACACAGUAUGAUAACAACAAUCAGCCGCCUAGACCUACUCCUGAGUAUAGGUCAAAUGUCAACGAUGACCAGAAUGGACAAACCGUUAGUGACGUGAAUCAUAACGGCAGUCCAUCUAACAGUAGUUCGGCAAGACCUGGUUUAAAUGAAGGUAGAGUGGCCCAAGAGGGAAGGAUCAACGAAGGGUCUGACGAAGAUGAAGAGAAGUGGGUGUGGGGCUAUUCCAAUGUGACGGAAAAGGUAGUGACAGAGAUGGUGGUGAUAGCGAUAACGCCAGAUGUGGAUGACCGAGCGAACUUCGAUGGUGGAUCGUGUCCCACCGGAAAGGUGAAGAUCGGGACAAUGUGCGUUGAUAAGGACUGAUAGAUUAGGUUUACGUAACAGGAAAAUUUUGAUGCGAAAAUUAGCAGGUAAAAAAUAGCUAUGUUGCUAAUAUUGUGGUUGGCUAACGUGAUUUGAUGUGAUAAUUUCGAUGAUAGGUUUGAUCUUGUGAAAACCUAAUAAUGUCGACAUCAUUUUGAUAAUACAAGAUUGUAUUUAUGUGACUUUUACGAGUGAUGACAAUCUGGUUUUUGUUUGUGUCACAAGUGUUAGAAAAUUAAAAGUUGUUGAUGAACUUCUUCAUUUACUUGGAUGAUGGAGACGUUUGGUUUAAGCUCAAGGGUCUACGGCCGGCUUGAACUCAAAUUAUAUUCUCAGUGAAGUAUCUAGAUUAGAAAAUGUAUAUAAAAUGAGUACUUAAGUAUCUAAUAGUCGUAAGUAAACCUCAUAAAGUUUUGAGAUUAGUCAUGAUUCUAAUCCAUAAAUUUUCCAUCGCACUGAGAUGUAAUUAAUUCAUUAUAUCUGUACUUACGGUUUAUUGGUGUUCGAGAUUAUACAUUAGAAGCUAAAUGUACCUAGAUAAGACAUUGUAGAUAGGUCUGCUGUACAUAUACUUUAAUAUUGUAAUUAGUUUUAAUAUGCAAUCGUGUGUAGAUAAUUUGUUAUUAGGUUUAAUUAAUUUAUUAAUAUAUUCAGACAACAUUAAGACACGUGCUUUGGAAUUAUUAGCCACAUAAAGCAAAGCACAUAGAACACCUUUUGUGGUUGUGAUUAGUGAAAUUUACAAAAUCUGAUGUUCUGUUACUUACAUCAGAGAAUAGAUGUUGCUUUUUGCUUUGUAUCUAGUUUCUGUGACAUAAUAUACAAUGUAAGUUAAAUUAUAGGUCUGUGUCAGUGCCUGAGACAUGGGAGCGGGCACGGGAGGAUGUCUUUGUGCCGUCAUACUUUAACGAAACUUCAGAUCUUGAUUUGUAUGGUCUGUAACGUCAUAAUAAUUAUGUCAAUGUCACCCCUCCCGUGCCACGCCCCAUAGCUCAAACACUGAGUUUAGCUCUAAACCAGUUAUUAAUGUCUAACUUUUCUGAAUACUAAUAUUACUAGCGCUAAAACUGGAUUAUUAUGUCAUUUUAGUAAUUAGGUAUUACAUCAUCAAGCAAUUUUGUCAGAAAUAAUUUGCAAAUUGCAUUCUCGCAAUGCCUAAUGACCACUUUUGGUUAUUAAAAAUGACUGGAAAUUAGUGUUAUUAUUAUUAUUAAUCUGUAACUUGUACAUAUUUAUUGUAAUUAUUUUUAGAAUCGAAGAAAUAUUGUGUAAUACUAUACAGGGUGUGUUUGGAUUAUCAAAACAAAUAAAUCCAAACUGUUUAGGGACCAAAAUUGUAAUACGUAAUUUGAUCUUGGGCAAAACAAGAAGUUUUACUGUAAAUAGGUAUUAAUUUUAAAUAAUAAUUAAUUUUGUACCAAAUAUUGUAUAAACAUGUGCUCUAAAACUGUGAUCGUAAAUACAGGCAUGAACAAAACCGA